CGACGUCGGAAACUGGUCAACGCGCCAAAACGAAUACCUUCACCAAACAAAUGGCAAAACGAUACGCAGUAGACUCCUUGGAGGACAUUGCUGGGACAGACUCUCCAGCAUCGAAGAAGUACCGGAGCGACAAUCACCCGGGAUUCCAGAAUGGCGGCAUCCCAUCAAGGACGAUGGUACAGGAGGGCCUCGAAACGAGCGAGCGGAUCGAGGAGGAAGGCGCCCCAGGCGACUUUAAUGAUAUCGUGUCAGAUGAAGAGCAGGUAGAUACGAGGGUCUAUCGGCAGGAAGCACCCAUUGAAGGGUACGACGACCUAUAUCUCGACACAAUCGACCGGCACGUCCUGGACUUCGAUUUCGAGAAACUCUGCUCUGUAACGCUAUCCAAUAUCAACGUCUAUGCAUGUCUUGUCUGCGGGCGAUACUAUCAAGGACGUGGACCUAAAUCGCAUGCGUAUUUCCAUUCUCUCGACGUCGAUCAUCAUGUGUAUAUCAAUAUGCAGACGCAGAAGAUUUAUGUUCUCCCAGAAGGCUACGAAGUCAAGAACAAAUCCCUUGACGAUAUCAAGUUCGUUUCGGAUCCGAGGUAUACAAAGCAAGAGGUCAUGGGUUUGGAUCACGCCCCGAAGGAAGCCUGGGCGCUCAACGGAAAGCAGUAUACACCAGGAUUCGUGGGCAUGAACAACAUCAAAGACAAUGACUACUUCAAUGUUGUCAUACAAGCACUUUCUCACGUCCCACCACUACGGAAUUACUUUAUGCUUGAUGACUUUUCCACAAAGCCAGAGCUAGCGAAGCGGCUAUCGAUUCUGGUGCGCAAAAUCUGGAACCCGAGAGCCUUCAAGGCACACGUCUCACCCCACGAAUUGCUGCAAGAAGUAUCACUGAGAUCGAAUAAGAAAUUCUCACUCACGCAGCAAGCAGACCCCGUCGACUUCCUAUCUUGGUUCCUCAAUAACCUCCACGUCGCGCUCGGCGGCUCCAAAACAAAACCCGGAAGCAGCAUCAUGCAACAAAUAUUCCAAGGCAAGCUGAAAAUCGAGUCCCAAGCCAUCACCGCAAAGGCCGACGCCGGCGACCGCCUACGCUUCGAAGAAGCUGCCGAGGUAAAGGCUGAUGUCAGCCGCUUCCUCUUCCUUACCCUAGAUCUCCCCGCCGCGCCCCUUUUCCAGGACGAGCUCGAGCGCAAUAUCAUCCCACAAGUUCCGCUCACAUCCAUUCUAUCGAAGUACGAUGGCUUGAAGGCGCAAGAACAGCUUAAUCACCGCAGGCGGUACCGUUUACUUCACCCACUCCCGCCGUACCUGCUUUUCCACAUCAAGCGCUUCAGUCAGAAUAAGUUCGUCUCAGAGCGAAACCCUACCAUCGUCACAUUCGAUGCGCGGAACUUGAAUAUGGGCCCGUACGUGGAGCCGAACCCAAAGUACGCGCCGCCUGGUGAACCGAUCUGGUAUGAUCUCGUGGCGAACGUGAUUCAUGAGGCGGUGAGGGGGAGGGAGGAUAGUGUGGAGGGGGAGGCGGAGAGGAGGGCUUGGAAGGUGCAGUUGAGGAGGAAGGAGGAUUGGGUGCAGAUUCAGGAUUUGUUUGUGGAGCAGACGCAGAGGGAGUUGCUGUACCUUGGGGAGAGUUACUUGCAGAUUUGGGAGAAGAGGAGAGGCUGAUGAGUGGGUUGGAUGGUGGGGAGGUAGAGGGAGGGAGAGGCACCCUUCGAUCUUGUUGUAGAACUGUAAUUAAUUGUAUGCUGGGCUGGUAAUUAGCGUUAAAAUCUAUGAAG